AAAACAGAAAACUCGCUUUGUUGGCGGGGGUUCAACAAAGAGGUCAUCGUCACCGAAGUCAAAUUAUUUUGGUAGAAGAAACACCAGGAUUAAUUAAUUUAUUGUAAAAAUGCCGAGAAUAGACAAUGAUAUUAAACUUGACUUCAAAGAUGUACUUGUUAGACCUAAAAGAAGCACGUUAAAGAGCAGAUCUGAGGUGGACCUGUGUAGAUCCUUUGCCUUCAGAAACUCAGGGCAGACUUACGAUGGAAUCCCUGUCAUGGCCGCCAAUAUGGACACAGUGGGAACAUUUGAAAUGGCCAAAAGCUUCGCCAAAAGCAAGUGUUUUGUUUGUAUACACAAGCAUUAUUCUGUAGAGGCAUGGAAGGAAUUUGCUGCAGAAAACAAGGGCAUCAUGGAGAAUGUAGCCGCCAGCACAGGGACAGGGGAGGGAGACUUGAAGAAGCUGAUCGCGAUUAGUCAAGCCAUCCCAGAACUCAAGUACAUCUGUGUGGAUGUUGCUAAUGGCUAUUCAGAACAUUUUGUCCAAUUUGUGCGAGAUGUGAGGAAAACAUUCCCCAAACAUACAAUAAUGGCUGGUAAUGUGGUAACAGGUGAGAUGGUGGAGGAGCUAAUUUUAUCGGGAGCUGACAUCAUUAAGGUGGGGAUCGGUCCAGGCAGUGUCUGUACCACGCGUAAGAAGACAGGAGUGGGAUACCCCCAGCUGAGUGCUGUACUAGAGUGUGCUGACGCUGCCCACGGACUCGGAGGCCACAUUAUUUCUGAUGGUGGCUGUACUUGCCCCGGUGAUGUUGCUAAAGCUUUUGGUGCUGGUGCUGACUUUGUAAUGCUGGGAGGAAUGUUUGCUGGACACACAGAGUCAGGAGGGGAAAUGAUUGAGGAAAACGGCAAGAAAUUCAAAUUAUUUUACGGGAUGAGUUCAGCCACUGCCAUGAAGAAACAUGCUGGGGGUGUGGCAGAGUACAGGGCCUCUGAGGGUAAGACGGUACAGAUUGAAUAUAAAGGUGAUGUAGACGGCACUCUACAGGACAUUCUGGGAGGACUACGGUCCACUUGUACUUACGUGGGGGCCGGAAAACUAAAGGAGCUCAGUCGUAGGACAACAUUUAUACGAGUAACGCAGCAACUUAAUGAAGUCUUCAGUGCAUUUACCAAAGAACAUUAACAAUCAUAGUGAACAAGGGUCAGACAAGUGUGUGUCAUUCCAGUAUUGACUCCUGACAUCUCUUCGGUGAUGUAAUUGAUGAUGUCAUCAAUUGUUAUUUUACCUUAUUUCUGCAUGGACCUGGAACAAUCAAAGGGAUGAACGGAUUUUAUCAACAGCUUUUUUUUUUUUACCUGAUUUGCUUUUAAUUUAAUAUAAAGAAAUUUUGUACCAAUGUCCAGUUGUUUCAAUCUUGUAUGCAUCUAGUCAGUUGUGCAAAUCAUGGACACUUUUGGAUGUUUUAAUUAUGGUGACUGAAUUUAAUGUCAUCUAUGACUAUGGAAAAGAAAUCCACAUUUUGUUUUAUUUUUCUCCACGACUUUGCAUUUUGAGUUUUCUGUUAUUUGAAUCAUAUUAUUAAGGAUUUUCCCUUGUCCUGUAUUCUUUACAAGGGAAGUUAUUUGUUUCACUCUGGGCUAGUUUUUAGUGCAUAUUGUGAUAUGCCAAAGUUCUAUAGUUAGCCAGAAUAUUUUAGUAAGAGAAUUUUUGUUUUAUAUACAUAUCUUGCUCAAUGAUUUGGUGGAACCAUUAUUUAAGGAGAAAAUGCAACUUGCAUUAUAUAUGACCAUACCCAUGACUUCAGGGCUGCAUUCAGAAUCAUAGUGGCUAACCUAGAUUCAAGGUAACAAAAUGUCAUUUUUGAAGCCACAAAUUUUCAGGUUUGAUACAAAUAUUUUUGAUAGAUACCGGAUAAUUUUUGGAACUACAUGUAGGUUGAAGUUUCUAAGUGAACUUGUUUAUUUAAAGAAACAUAAUUUUUUUAAUGGAGAAAAUAAACAGCUUUCUUUGAUGUGUAACCCAGAAUAUCUAAGCUAGAGCUUUCUAAAAUGUGGCUAGCAAAUUGUUCAAAACAGUAGUUACAUGUAGAGGUUUGUCUAGGUUUUGUCUAUAUGAUUUUGAAUGCUCCCAGUUUUCUCCUUGCUGUGAUCAAUAAAACAGAAAAAUUGGUUUGGAUAUUGUUUUAUCGGAGGCCUGUUUAAUUUUUGAAAUAAAAUCUUGAAAAGUAAA